AUGGCUGAAGAUAUAUGGGUGGGCUCCUGGCGGCCCCACCACCCUCGGGGGCCCAUCAUGGCCCUGUACACCAGCCCAGGCCCCAAGUACAUGAUCCCAGGAACCACAGGUUUUGUGAAGCACACUCCAACCAAGCCGAGGGCCCCAGCCUACAGCUUCCGUGGGGCCCCCAUGGUCCUAUCAGAGAACUACUCCCCUGGGCCCCGAUACAGUGUGAAUCCCAAGAUACUCCGGACAGGCAAGGACAUGGGCCCUGCCUACUCUAUCCUGGGGCGCUACCAGACCAAGACCAUCACAACACCAGGCCCUGGAGAAUACUCUCCAGAGAAAUCCAUCAAAUAUGUAUUCAACUCAGCGCCCAGCCACUCCAUCUCUGCCAGGACCAAGUCCUUCCGUGUGGACAGCACCCCAGGUCCAGCUGCAUACAUGCUGCCGAUGGUGAUGGGCCCACACACUGUGGGCAAAGUCUCCCAGCCCUCUUUCUCUAUCAAGGGCCGGAGCAAACUGGGUGGAUUCAGCCAGGACCUUCACAAGACUCCAGGCCCUGCUGCGUACCGACAGACUGAUAUCCAGGUGGUGAAGUACAAGGCCCCACAGUAUACCAUGGCUGCCCGAAUCGAGGCGGUAGGAGAUAAGACAAUGAAGCCAGGCCCAGGGGCUCACAGCCCAGAGAAGGUGACGAUGAACAAACCCAGCGCCCCCUUCCUCAGUUUUGGAAUCAAGCAUUCCGACUACAUGACUCCUCUCAUCCUGGAUGUGGAGUAA